AUGAGGCCUCUACAUACCACCUACUCCGACAUUUGGGUCGCAGCCAUCCUUUUCCUCUCCGCUGCUACUCAAGCCGCCAUGUUCCCAUCGGUCCAACGCAACGCCUUGAUUAGCAGCAGCACCACCGACACGGUCAGCAACCCUGACGCCUCACCAUCGUCCGACGAGUACAGAGCGGAAUACGCAAAGGGACCAAAGCCAAAGCCCAAGGCCCCAUCGGUACCGUCGCCAAAGACUAUAUCUGCGCCCGCCGAUGCGCCCAAGUCGGGCCCUGGCAUGCCCGUUAUCGCUUACUAUCACCCUGAAAAGCUGGACAUGAGGCCUAGCACCGAGACUUAUAUGUAUGGUGGCUAUCGUGUUUCAUGUGGCAAAUAUGCCGGUGGCGAGGAGGGGGACGUAAUGAGAUCGGCUGCCAGCCUUCGCGACACAAAACAGGAUGUCAAAGCAGACGCGGGUAAAUGUAUCAGAGUCGGAUGCAGUGGCUCGAGUGCUGUUUAUUUCUGCAAUCACGACAAGAGCAAGUCCAAGACAGUCGCACACUCAAGCAUCGGUUUCAUGGCCCAGACUCUAUCCGAGCUGUGCUGCCAGCCAACCCCCGGCGGCGGCGAGGCGGGCGAGAUUGUGAAUGGGGACAACAACUACUCGGUGGUCGUCGGGUACGGCGACUGUUCCAAGGGAGACGGGGACGGUCCGUACACCGAACAGCAGGCCAAAGCCCGCCCGAUCUGCCGCGGAAAGCCGGCGCCUUCCAAGAAUAGUGGUCCUGGAGGCGGUGGAAGCGGUUCCUGGAGGGGUGGUGCGUCGUGGACUGCGGCGGUUGUUGGGCUUGGGUUCUUGCUGUAUGCUCGUCUGGGAUAG